AUGCAGGUCACCAUGGGCCGCACGGCGGCCCCAUUCGCGGGGCCCCGCCGGUGCUUCGCCCACGUGCGGCUGGCCGGCGGCAGCCCGGCAAGCCUCCGGGCCGGGAGGGCGCUGCGGCUGAAGGGGGAUGGGAUCGCCGGCGCGCGGCUGGCCGUUAGGGAUCGCGCGGGGAGGGCGGCGGCGCGACUGGCGACGCCCGUGGUGGCGGUGGCAGCGCCCGAGGUGGCCGUUAAGCGCGUCUACAACUUCGGCAAGGGCAAGAACGACGGCGACGCGAGCAUGAAGAGUCUGCUCGGCGGGAAGGGAGCCAACCUGGCGGAGAUGUGCGGCAUCGGCCUGGCCGUUCCACCGGGCUUCACCAUCACCACGGAGACCUGCCGCGCCUUCCACAACAACGAUCGCACCCUGCCGGAGGGUUGCUGGGAGGACACACUGGCCGCGCUCAAGGUGGUGGAGGAGGAGAUGGGCCAGAAGUUUGGCGACGCCGCUAACCCGCUGCUGCUGUCCGUGCGGUCCGGCGCCGCGGUCUCCAUGCCCGGUAUGAUGGACACCGUUCUGAACUUGGGGCUGAGCGACAAUGUUGUCGAGGGCUUGGCCGCCAAGGCUGGCGGGCGUUUCGCAUACGACGCUUACAGGCGCUUCCUGGAUAUGUUUGGAAACGUCGUCAUGGGUGUUCCCCACGAGCUGUUCGAAGAGCAACUUGAGGCCAUGAAGAAAGAGAAAGGCGUGGAGUUCGACACAGACCUCUCAGCAGAGGACAUGAAGGAGGUGGCGCAUCGGUACAAGCAGGUGUACGUCGACCAGGGCACCCAGUUCCCCGAUGACCCCUACGAUCAGCUGCGCGCCUCCAUCUAUGCUGUCUUCGACUCGUGGGAGUCGGACAGGGCCAAGGUCUACCGCCAGGUGGCCAAGCUCACCGGCUUGGGUGGCACGGCAGUCAACGUCCAGACCAUGGCAUUUGGGAACAUGGGCGACACCUCCGCGACGGGCGUGCUCUUCACGCGCAACCCCGCAAACGGGGACAAACACCUGUACGGGGAGUACCUGAUGAAUGCGCAGGGGGAGGAUGUGGUGGCCGGCAUCAGGACGCCGCUGCACAUCGACGACAUGAAGGCUGAAAUGCCACAGAUGUAUGAUGAACUCGUCAGAAACUGCGAUCUACUGGAAAGGCACUACAAGGAGAUGCAGGACAUCGAGUUCACAAUCCAGGAAGGCAAGCUGUUCAUGUUGCAGUGCCGCACGGGCAAGAGGACUGGCAUGAGCGCUGUCAAGAUUGCUGUGGCCAUGGUGGACGAGGGCUUGAUCACACCCGAGGAGGCUGUACUGAAGGUUGAUGCCAACCACCUGGACCAGCUGCUGCAUCCGCAGUUUGAGGAUGAGGCAGCCUACAAGGACAGGGUGGUGGCUACUGGACUGCCUGCCUCUCCUGGUGCAUCUGUCGGCCAGGUGGUCUUCACUGCUGACGAUGCGGAGACGAUGAAGGCCUCAGGCCACGAUGUCAUUCUCGUCCGCAAGGAGACCUCUCCUGAGGACGUGAAGGGCAUGCACUCAUCGGAGGGUGUGGUUACACAGCUGGGCGGCAUGACCUCCCAUGCUGCCGUGGUUGCUAGGGGCUGGGGCAAGACCUGCAUCACGGGCUGUGGGGACCUGCAGAUCGACGAGGGCAAUGGCAGCUGCCGCUUUGGGAACACAGUUGUCAACGAGCACGACUGGAUCUCCAUCAACGGCACAACGGGGGAGGUGAUCGUUGGCAAAUGCCCACUGAAGCAGCCUGAGAUGGUGGGAGACCUGGGCCGAUUCAUGCACUGGGUGGACCAGUUCAGGACCAUGGGCGUGUACACUAAUGCCGACACCCCGGAGGAUGCUGCCAUGGCGCGCGAGAACGGCGCUGAGGGCAUCGGCCUGUGCCGCACAGAGCACAUGUUCUUCGCCACCGAGGAGCGCAUCAAGACUGUGCGGAAGAUGAUCGUUGCCCAGUCCAAGGAGGACAGGGUCAAGGCCCUGGACGAGCUGCUGCCCUUCCAGAGGUCGGACUUCGAGGGCCUGUUCACCGCGAUGGACGGGCUGCCAGUGACAAUUCGGCUGCUGGACCCCCCGCUGCAUGAAUUCCUUCCUGACGGGGACAUGGACGAGGUUGUGGAGAUGCUGGCACGUGAGACAGGUGGCAAGCCCGCGGAUAUCGCUGAAACGAUCGAGAGGCUUGAAGAGCUGAAUCCCAUGCUUGGGUUCCGUGGCUGCCGCCUGGCGAUCACCUACCCGGAGAUCGCAGAGAUGCAGGCACGUGCGAUCCUGGAGGCAGCUGUCAAUGUCAGCAAGAAAGGGGUCAAGGUCCAGCCUGACAUCAUGGUGCCACUGAUCGGUACCUCCGCUGAGCUGAAGAACCAGGAGUCCCUCGUUCGUCGCAUGGCUGAGAAGGUCUUUGAGGAGAAAGGCACGCGGGUGGACUACCGUGUGGGCACCAUGAUUGAGAUCCCCAGGGCGGCCCUGUUGGCUGACCAGGUUGCUGAGACUGCAGAAUUCUUCUCCUUUGGCACCAACGAUCUUACUCAGAUGACGUUUGGCUACUCACGGGACGACAUCGGCAAGUUCUUGCAGGUGUAUCUGGACAAGGGCAUCCUGCAGGUGGACCCCUUCCAGGUCCUGGACGAGGAGGGCGUUGGCCAGCUGAUCAAGAUGGCCACGGAGAAGGGCCGGGCCACGCGACCCAAUUUGAAGGUGGGCCUGUGCGGCGAGCAGGGCGGCGACCCCGCGUCGGUGAAGUUCGUGUACGCCGUCGGCCUGGACUACGUGUCGUGCUCGCCGUUCCGGGUGCCCAUUGCUCGCUUGGCAGCCGCCCAGGCGUCCGUCCUGGACAAGAAGAAGUGA